AAUGGAAGAAAUGAACAUCCAAUCUAAUACAAACGGACGUUCUGAUAAUUAUAAGCAGAUAAGCAAUGAAGACAAGAGGGAAGCCACUUCUGUGUUCAUCGAAGAUACACACUUGAAAGGGUAAGAACUCACUGGCAAUCAAAAUUAUUACAUGAAGCCUCCUUGCUUUCUAUGUAGUCUUAAUCACUGCCCUUGCUGUUGCUCUUAAGCAGUACUGGAUCUUCGUGUUCCUUCUCUUCUGGGUCAACGCCAUCGUUGUCUGGUUCAUCGGGAGAAUGUUCACGAACCUGAUGUUGUUUCCAAACUCGAACCCUCUGGUAUCCUAUUUCAUGAACUUGUCGCUGUACAAGAAAGUUACCCAGGAAAUGUGAAAGCUGCUCCGGUAUGUCCAGAGUGCUCUACACGAACUCGAAGAAGGUCGAGACUUUGAGAGUGACGCUGAGUACGACAAGUAUGUGCAAGAUCUGAUCAAAGGCCUUGAGAUGCUUAACUUGUUGCUCGAAGCAAACAAUUACUACACAAAUCUCAAACAAGGCAAUGUCAGUCAGCUGUUUGGAGCCAUAACGGGGUCGAUGGCAAAGAUCAGAGACUUGCUCGACUCCAUCAAAGUGAGCACUACAAACGAUAAAAACCAGACCCGAGUCACCACAUUCUUCAAGUUCGACUUUGCCUUUCCAACUUACAACUCAAGCUUUGCGCCCAUCCUUCCAAAGUAUGUUGCUGGUGACGACAACAUGGCCACAGUCCAGCAGGCCAGUGAUGAAAUCGAUACGUUCAUAUCGCUGUGCACAACAAAGAUUCUGAAAAAGAACUGUUGACUUGGCAAAGCAGUGUUCUGUUACUUUGAACAGCUUGAGUACAUUCUGGCUUACAACUACAACGCAGUCAAGUUCGAAGCUCCAUCGUAUGACGGCCACAAAGUGCCUCUGAUGUUCUUUCCAGCACAGGCCAAGCACAUGGUAGUUGACAGAGAAGUCAUAUCGAAGCACGGAAUCAACGUGACCAUCAGCUUCGACCCUGAAGAGGCAGACUCGAUAAAGUGCAGCUGUGAGGACAACAACAGGCCGACGGUGAUUUUGUGCAACCCGAACGCUCUGUGUUACGAGCAGAUGGUGAACUAUCCACACAACUUUUGGCUGAAGUACUUUAUGAAUAAGGGGAGCAAUGUUGUAGUCUGGAAUUACAGAGGGUAUGGUGCAAACAAAGGAACUCCAAAUCCUUACAAUAUUAAAAGGGAUGGUGAAGCUGUUUUGAACUUCAUCACCAAAACUCUCAAAGUUAAAGGCAAGGUUGGUGUCUAUGGAAGAUCUCUUGGAGGCAUUGUCGCCUGUCAUUUAGGCAGAUAUGCAAAAGGAAUAGAUCUUCUUAUAGCAGAUAGGACAUUUGCAAAUCUCGAAACGGUCACCAAAAGGAAAAUGUUUGGAAAAGCCAUUCACUAUGCAUUCAAUAUCUUCACUUGAGGAUGGGAGGUUUAUAAUGAUCAUAAUUUCCUUGAAUCCAAAGUUCAUUGAAAAAUCGUAACAUGUGAUCCCUCUGACGAUGUCAUAGAUGUAUUUUCGUCACUCUAAGCACUGGUGUUGCUCUCAGAUAUUACGAAAGAGAAAAGAAAUUAGCUCCAGACCAAGAAGUAAUCAAGCACAAAUUAUUCUAUGCUAAUGAACAAGAGUUGUUCAACGCUAUGAAAGGCUAUUUUAAUAUCUGCCAACUUAUAUUCCAAGCUCUGAAGCAGGAUGAUAAGCUAUCCAUUGAUCCUCGAACUAUUGAAGGAGCAGACCUAGAAGCCCUCGAAGAAAUAAAAGCCGAGCUUCCGCUACUAACAAAGAGAUUAGUCCAAAAUUCUGAGGAGGCUAAGAAUUAUACCCAAACCAGAAUCAACCUCAAAUGUUCAAGAGCUCGAGAUAAGCUAACCCAGAAGUAUGGAAUCAAGGAAGAUGAGAUAGACUCCAUCCUAGCUGAAAACUUUCAUCACUAUAAGGCUUUCAGAGAUUGAUUCUCCUCUCUUAAUGCAGGCGUUCUCACACUCUAUGAGAUUUUUCAUUCUGACCACAUGAGUCAUAUUGAUGACCUGAAACUCUUCAUUCUUUUCCUCGAAAUAUACGGCAGCGGAAGAGCUAUUAGACCAAGUGGUGAGUACAUCCCAAUAGUUAUAAGGAGAAAACAUUGAAUAAAGAAGUUGGAAAUGAUCCUUGAAACCAUUGGAGAAAUAGAUAGCUCAAUGCCAUCUCCUCCUGCCUUGGUUGAACUCCAAAAGGAGAUAGAAGAGCAUGGCCAAACCAUAAAGGCAGGUCUCAAGAAGAUGCUUGAUUACUUCAUUACCAAAUGGGGGAAUAUUUCUGAAGAUGAUAGCUUAAUCCACGAGCUCGAAAACCACAGGUUGCGGAUCAACUCAGUUGAAAUGGAUUCAAACGAUCAGGAUAGAUUCAUUAACUCACCACCAGAGGCUCAUCUUGGGUUUGUCCUUCCUGUAAGCUGUGGACAUAGAGGGUAUCCAAAGAAGAAGCGAAUCAAGGCAUUUGACUUGUUCCUUCACAACAACGGAUUCACAUCUCGAUCAAAGUGUGACCGUGAGUCUGCUGACUCCCCUGCAGAUGAUUAAUGAAGGUUUUGUCGGUAAUUAGAUAGAGAUUUCAAUAAAUUCAUA